UUUUCUUUUCCUCUUUAUUUCUUUACUUUGAUUCAGCAUGUAUGGUAUAUAUGUGACCCUCAGUUAUUUAGUGUUUUUGCCGUUGGUUCCUGCCUUAGCUCACUGUGCCUUGUUUCGACAUGAAUUCCUACCGUUAGUGUCUCAUUGGUUCAGUUUAUCCAAAGUACCAUUGGAUCCCUUGUUAUUAGCGGUCAGUUUGGUAUCAGUGUACGUGUAUUUCUUUUUGAAUCUUGUUCUGGACGUUGUACAAUCCAUUCGUACUUUUUGUCUUCAAUGUGAACAAGACAAAACUACUACUAGUAAUAGUUCCAGGAGAACUCAAGAAUCAACAUCUUCAUGUGUAUCCAAAACUUGUAAAAUCAGUGCGCGAGUGACUCGUGCUUAUCAACAAGCUGUCCAUUAUUAUCCUGGUUUUAUCGCGUCGACUUUACUUGUAUGGGCCAACACCAAUCGAUUUGAUACUUUUAGUACAGCGUUUGUCAUUAUUCAAGUAUUUUUCCUUUUGAUGUUACCAUUGACCUAUGGAUGUCCAGAUACAAUGAUUAGUCAUAUAAAUCGUAUUGGAUACCAAUGUGCUUUGUUUUGGACAUUGAUCUAUGCUAUGUUUCCUCGUGAUAUUGGUUUUUUAAUGGAUCUUGCUGCUUAUCAAAUCCACCAAUUGUGCACUCCAACCCCUACUGAUAUAUAUUAUACCCCGAUUCUUUAGUUUUUCAUCCUUUCUUUUUCUUUUUAGCUAGUUAGUUUAUUCGUAUUCAUAAAUAAUUAUCCAACCUAUAAUAACUAGCCAUACUUCAAAAAUAUAUAUCAAUAAAAAAAAUGCUGUUGUGUUCUUUAUUUGUUAA